AUAACACUUAACAAAUCAGAGUUCAGAUAAUAAUAUUUGGACCAAUCAAAAGUGUCGAGGCACACAGACACAAAAUCCAACUAAUUGUAAGUGUCAGAAAGGAGCAAAGGCUAAAAAAGCACAUGAAUGCAAGCAUAAAUCAAAAUCACAUAGACAUUUGAAACAGCAAAAGUCAAAUAAAGAGUCUACAAAGAAUGACUGUUUAAAAUCAGACCAAUCGAAGAAGAAAACAGGGCUAGACAAAGAGAAAUGGAUCGGAAUUCUUGAUAAUGAAAUACCAUCAUCAUCAGAUGGAGAGGAAGAAUUUGAAUAUGUUUUAGAUCCAGAGUAUGGUGAAAUAGUAAGAAGAGCCAAAUCAAGGAAACCACGGUCUUCUAGUGGUCAAAGUAAUUCCAAGAACACAGAUACAGGUUCAAGAGGUAGUCAAGAAAUAAGAGAAUCGACAUACGAGGCCUUGUUAACUCUACAUCAUGCUAUCCCAUACCUUCCCGAGAGUUUUAGAAACAGGCUCCAAAGUACGUCUGCUGACCAGGGGCAGACAAGUUAUGAUACCACUAAUUCCAAUAGUUCAGGGGAGGUCACUCUAAACAAUACAGGGGAGGUCACUCUUAACAAUUCAAAGGUGAAAGCAUCAAGGGAAAAAAAUACUGAAUUAGGUUAUUCAAUAACUGGAGACAAACAUUUACAGUCAUCUAAAAAUAGUUUGGUAGAAAAACGAAAACAAACCCAAAGAGAUGAAAAGAACCUUAAGAAAUUUAAUAAAGACAAAAGUAAUUGGAAAAGAAGGCUUGAGGAAAGUGAUCAAAGUGGUAUUGAUAAAAGAUAUGAGUCGUAUGAUAUGGUAGAAGAUUUUGAGAAUACCUUGGAGGACCCGUUUAAUGUGAAAUCCGAUUCAAAAAUAGAUCUAUGUUCUGGCUUGAUGGAUUUAGUAAGAGAGAUCGACAUUCCAUUUAUAGAUGAAGACGGUGAAACUAAAUUUGAUAACAUUGGAAAGGAGAGGAGCGCUAGACAAAGGGAUGUUACAGACAAAUAUAGUGGUGUUAUGCCUGAUAUAUGUGAUACAAGUGGAUUUAGCCCUGACGUAAGAAUACCUCUGAAUUGCCAUGUAGGGACCAGUGCCAGUGAUAAUUCAGAAAGACUUAGUAGAAACUGUAUUGGAAUGCUGAACUGUAGUUCAGGAACAAGGGAAGCCAGGACCAAUCUGGUUGAAAAUAAAGAUUUUUACGGGAAUAUAGUUGGUUCCCCAGAGACAAGUUUUGAAGAUGACCCAGAUUACCCGGGCAUGAGGACACUAAAUGACAGUUUUAACCGUCUCCUUGGCGAUGAUGAUACUGACACAAGUACUGACAGUUCUGUACUGCCAAAUUUCAUGCAAAGGUCAUCUAGGUCAGAUGAAUCUGGGUCAAGGUCAAAGUCAUCAGAUGAUAGCAUAGAGGCAGAUGAUGAGUUUGAGUGUGAAUGUGAACAUUGUCAGUUGCUACGGCAACACAGUUAUGGCACCAGUAACCUUGACCUUUUGCCACCAAGGUUAUACACAGAGGAUAUGGGAUUUCCAUAUGACCUAGAAAGUUCAGCUUCAGGUCAAACUGAUACGGAGUCUAGUACAGGUUUCAGAUCAGCCAUGUUUCUAGAGGACUACGACUUUCUGCUGGACAGAUCUAAUAAUGAGCUUGACUGGUUAAUUGUUGAUAGUCGACCAUUGUCAUUGAUGUUAGAGGACGUGAUACAGCAGAUGUUGGCAGUACAACCCGAGUUAUUGAGUGAACAGGCCGCGCCACCGGCCCCACAGAUUGUGAUAGAAAACCUACCCACAAUUCCUCUUACUUUAUCCCAUAUUGAUCAACAUCCAUCAUGUCCGAUAUGUCUUUGUCUAUGUGAAGUAGAGGAACUGAUGGACACUGUUAACCAUGCCCAACAUAUAUUCCAUCCUAUAUGUAUACAGGCUUGGCUUAUCAAGUCAGGGACUUGCCCUGUGUGUAGAGCCAAACUUAACAAAUAUUUCUACAACAUGAAGUUCUACCAUGGUGGAGACUUUUUUUUUCAAGUGACUUACGUUUCAGUGUUAUAA